GAAGGGGGGCAGCACCCCGAGGAAGGGGGCGGCGGCCCUCUCGGAUCCGCGGAAGUAGCGAGGAACCAAGACCUCGAGGAGCACAAUGCACGAGAUUGACGUAGUGGCCGCGUCGCGGUAAAAGCUUGUCCUCCCUGCGUGGAGGGAGCCUAACCGACUCUGCAGGCAUUUUCGCUAAAGUUGUUCUCUCUCUCUCUCUCCUAAACGCAGGAAGUUACAGAACUCUUGGAGCACAAAGCUGAUCAGCGGUUCGCGCAUUCCGAAGAGCGAGAACACUUGACUCCGGGGAACCCAGCUGCCCAGAGUUACAAAUCUUUUGUGCGCGCCUUGAACAUCACACUUACGAAGAACAACAGCGGUGCUUUGAAAGAGAUGAUGGACGUCGUCAUGAAGCCGCAGGCAGGCCACGUCUGUUACGCCCGUUUAGGAUGCUUCAAUCCGGGUAAUAGGAUGGCAUUGAAAAUCGGUGGCCCCGCGUCACCCCGAGAGCUGGGGACAAAGUUUCGUUUCUACAAAGACCGCCGUAGUCGCGGUGUGGACGCCGAACUCUUGCUGCGAGCAAUGCGUAUCGGAAUCAACCAGUGGGACUUGGGGGGAAAGCCCCUCGUUGUUAUAAUACACGGAUUCAUGCAGCACGGCGGCGUACCGUGGGUGACCAACCUCAAGAACGCUCUCCUGGACGAGGUUAACGCCAACGUAGUCACCGUGAACUGGUGGAAGGGAGCAAAGUUCCCGAAUUACGGAGCUGCGGCUGCUAACACGGCCAUGGUCGGGGCUCAGCUUUCGUUGCUGCUUCAAGACAUCCUCAAGAGCUCUCUCCUGAGAGCGAGCCACGUCCAUCUGGUGGGAUUCAGCCUCGGGGCUCACGUAGCUGGCUUCUGCGGUCGCCACUUCCGCAACAUCACUGGCCACAGUCUGGGGCGCAUCACAGGCCUCGAUCCCGCCGGUCCCUUGUUUGAAGGCACGAACGUCUCUCUGUCGAGGGCGGAUGCUGACUUUGUAGACGUGAUUCACACAAACGCCGGCCCCAUCAGUGAACUAAAGUUUGGAAUACAGGACCCCCUGGGACACGUCGAUUUCUACCCCAACGGUGGAUCCAAGCAGCCAAAAUGCGCAGAUGAUAUUUUAGAUCUGACCUGCAGUCAUCUCAGGGCUACGGAGUUGUUUACCGAAUCCAUAACGAAUCACAACUGCUCCUUCGAAGCCGUAGCCUGCAAGCAUGGAUGGGAUGGAUACAGAACGUGUCUCCUGGACAGGCGACACGUUGAAAUGGUUGCUAUGGGUUACCACUGCACAAGAAAAGUAAUGCGAGAUCCGCAGUACUUAAAAACAAGUAGUGCCGCUCCUUAUUGCAUUCCAAGCGAAACAGAUCAUAACAGAAGAACGUUGGCGUGAAGUCCCGUGAAUGAUAAAUAAAAGAGACAGAAAUACUUCGA